AUGGAAAAAAAGAGCUCAGCGACACUGACAGCUGAGCCUCCACUGGAGGAGGAGAUCAGCAGUCUCACUGAGACUGUUGAGACCCAAACCCAGCUGCUCAUCGAGAGCAACGACGACCUUGAGCAGGAGAAAAGCGAAGACCUGGAAACUCUGAAAGUUGAGCCUCAGGUGCCUCAGGUGCAACUGAGCCAACUGGAAGACAGUCUCACCCAGAAACUUGAGACCCAGGUCUGGAAGGACAAAUUCAACACUCUUGAGCAGAAGAGCGAGCUGAAUCUAAUCUUCUGGGCCAAUAACAUCAAGAACUUGCUCUCAGAACGCAGAGCUGUGGAAGAGAAAUUGGAGGAGCAGCUCGCAGAGACAGCACGGUUGGAGCUGGAGAAGCAGAUCCUGGAGCAGGAGAUCGGCAGUCUCACUGAGACAGUUGAGACCCAAAGCCAGCUGCUGAGCGAGCGCAAUGAGGGCCUUGAGCAGGAGAAAAGCGAAGACCUGGAAAAAACUCUGAAAGUUGAGCCUCAGGUGCCUCAGGUGCAACUGAGCCAACUGGAAGACAGUCUCACCCAGAAACUUGAGACCCAGGUCUGGAAGGACAAAUUCAACGCUCUUGAGCAGAAGAGCGAGCUGAGAGAAAAGUGCUGGGAGAAUAGCAUCAAGAACUUGCUCUCAGAACGCAGAGCUGUGGAAGAGAAAUUGGAGGAGCAGCUCGAAGAGACAGCACGGUUGGAGCUGGAGAAGCAGGUCCUGGCUCUGUAUCAACAGACCCACGAGUCAGAAGUCGAGCAGCUCACGGAUCAAAGCAAGAUCCUGGAGGAGGAGAUCGACAGUCUCACUGAGACAGUUGAGACCCAGGUCUGGAAAGACAAAUUCAACGCUGUUGAGCAGAAGAGCGAGCUGAGACUAAUCUUCUGGGACAAAGAAAUCAAGAACUUGAUCUCAGAACACAGAGCUAAGGAAGAGAAAUUGGAGGAGCAGCUCGCCGAGACACAGUUGGAUCUGGAGAAGCAGGUCCUGGCUCGGUAUCAACAGACCCACGAGUCAGAAGUCAAGCAGCUCACGGAUCAAAGCAAUAUCCUGGAGGAGGCGAUCGACAGUCUCACUGAGACAGUUGAGACCCAGGUCUGGAAAGACAAAUUCAACGCUCUUGAGCAGAAGAGCGAGCUGAGACUAAUCAUCUGGGAAAAAGAAAUCAAGAACUUGCUCUCAGAACGCAGAGCUGUGGAAGAGAAAUUGGAGGAGCAGCUCGAAGAGACAGCAUGGUUGGAGCUGGAGAAGCAGGUCCUGGCUCAGUCUCAACAGACCCACGAGUCAGAAGUCAAGCAGCUCACGGACCAAAGCAAGAACCUGGAGGACCUCUGCCUUUGGCUCAAGAAGAAGACUCUCGGCACCUUUGGGAGAAAGAUGCAAGACAGAGUCACAGAGCUGGACAAAAUGAAGAACAAGAUGCAGGACAGAGUCACAAAGCUGGAAAAAAUACCCAUCCCAAAAAGAAAAAAAGAGGUAUACCUGCCACCACAGGGCCGUCUCCGAGGUCCUCAAGGAGAGUCGACCCUCUACCGCUCCAGAACGGAGAGGAUGAGGAGGAGCGGCUUCGCUCAGGCCUUCUGGGUCCUGACCCGCUGA